AAAAGUCUAUGCCCUAUGCCACGCUGUUGUGAACUGUCAGAAUUGUCGCCGACUGAAGAAAAGUUUAGCGAAGGUUGCCGGUGCUUCUUACUUUGAUUAAGCAAUACUAAAUCGCAAAUCUAUGUGAAAUUAAAAUAAAGUACCCAUCAUAAAAAAUCAAAAUGACGGCGGAAACACAGAGCAAGUCCAGAUUACCGUAUUUGUCUUCGGACAAACAACUAACAUUUAUAAAACUCUCUGUAUUGUCAAUGGCAGCAAUUUUAUCUUUUGCGACGCGUUUAUUCUCCGUUCUGCGUUUUGAGAGCGUAAUCCAUGAGUUUGAUCCCUACUUCAACUAUAGAACGACGAGAUAUCUCACUGAAGAGGGAUUUUAUAACUUCCACAACUGGUUUGACGAUAGAGCAUGGUAUCCUCUAGGUCGUAUUAUUGGAGGUACCAUCUACCCUGGCCUGAUGGUGACUUCUGCCACUCUUUACAAUAUAAUGCAGUACUUAAACAUAACAAUUGACAUCAGAAAUGUAUGUGUGUUCUUGGCUCCAUUCUUCUCCUCACUCACAACUAUUGUCACAUACCUCCUUACCAAGGAGUUAAAGAAUGAAGGAGCGGGCUUAGUGGCAGCAGCAAUGAUUGCAAUCGUCCCUGGUUACAUCAGUCGUUCAGUCGCAGGAAGCUAUGAUAAUGAAGGCAUCGCCAUCUUCUGCAUGCUGCUGACUUAUUAUUUUUGGAUCAAAGCUGUUAAUACAGGAACUAUCAUGUGGGCAACUAUGACGGCUCUGGCAUAUUUCUACAUGGUGUCAUCAUGGGGUGGCUACGUUUUCCUCAUAAACCUGAUACCGUUGCACGUACUGGCCCUCAUUCUGCUGGGAAGGUUCUCGUCGAGGGUGUACGUGGCUUACAGCACGCUGUACUGCAUCGGAACCAUCCUCUCAAUGCAGAUUUCUUUUGUGGGCUUCCAACCGGUGCAGAGUUCGGAGCAUAUGUUGGCUCUCGGUACAUUCGGGCUGUGUCAGCUGUACGCGUUCACGCAGUACCUCAGACAACAUCUGUCGCCGGCUAACUUCGAGCUGCUCUUCAAGGCUCUUGUUACAACGCUGCUUCUGACCCUGGGCUCUGCUAUCAUAGCCCUCACUUUGACCGGAAAAAUCUCACCGUGGACUGGCCGUUUCUACUCAUUGCUCGAUCCAUCGUACGCUAAGAACCACAUUCCUAUCAUUGCAUCCGUGUCCGAGCAUCAGCCCACGUCGUGGUCAUCAUUCUACUUCGACCUCCAAGUCCUGGUGUUCCUGUUCCCGGCUGGACUGUACUUUUGCUUUAGCAAGCUCACGGAUGCAAACAUAUUCAUCAUUCUGUAUGGUGUGCUCAGUAUAUACUUUGCUGGCGUCAUGGUUCGUCUUAUGCUGGUACUCGCUCCGGUCAUGUGCAUCGUCUCCGGUAUAGCAGCUUCCAGUCUACUUAGUCUUCACGUUAAGGAUAUUGAGCCUAAAGUUGAGAAACACGAUAAGAAGAAGAAGCAUGAAAAUAAUCUUGUGUUUAGAUCUGAGGUGGGCACGUUGUUCGUGUGCGUGCUGGGCUGCCUGCUGGUGUCGUACGUGGUGCACUGCACGUGGGUCACGUCGGAGGCCUACUCGUCGCCCUCCAUCGUGCUGUCGGCGCGCGCACACGACGGCGCCCGGAUCAUCUUCGACGACUUCCGCGAGGCCUACACCUGGCUCAAGAUGAACACUCCAGAGGACGCCAAAGUGAUGUCGUGGUGGGACUACGGCUACCAAAUAACGGCGAUGGCGAACCGGACGGUGAUCGUCGACAACAACACGUGGAACAACACGCACAUAUCGCGCGUGGGGCAGGCGAUGGCCUCCACCGAGGACAAGGCCUACGAGAUCAUGAGGGAGCUGGACGUGGACUACGUGCUCGUCAUCUUCGGAGGACUGGUCGGAUACUCUUCGGACGACAUCAACAAGUUCCUGUGGAUGGUGCGCAUCGGCGGCAGCACGGAGCGCGGCGCGCACAUCCGCGAGGCGCAGUACUACACGGCGGCCGGGGAGUUCCGCGUGGACUCGGCCGGCGCGCCCGCGCUGCUCAACUGCCUCAUGUACAAGAUGAGCUACUACAAGUUCGGACUCGUCUACACGGAGGGCGGCCGGCCGCCAGGGUUCGAUCGGGUUCGAGGAGCUGAGAUCGGCAACAAGGACUUCAAUCUAGAUGUUCUAGAGGAAGCCUACACGACAGAACAUUGGCUGGUCCGCAUUUACAAAGUCAAACCUUUGCCGAACAGGGGAGUAUAAUUUUAAACUUUUACAAGACUGAAGAAUGCUUUUUCUAAAUAAUUGAAUUACAAUUUUUGCAACUAUUUUUGAAUGCAUUUUUUUAUAUUUGAAAUAAUUUAAUUUUCAAUUCAGGCUCAAAUUGUCCUUAUUGUCUGUGAUCUGUUGUGACAUUAUCUGAAUGUGACUAUUGUGAAGGAUAUUUAGAAUAGGUCAUUAAUAUUAAAUUGGUCUAGAAAUAACUACACAAUACACAUAGUGAACUGAUAGAAACAGUUCACUCAAGUUUGUUUACAAAGUCAUUAAUAAAGAUGGAAAGAUAAUUUAAAAAAGGCAUUCUUCAGUCCAUACUAGAGGACAUUUGGCGUAUUAAAAUAAAAAAUAAUGAUAUUCAUUUUUAGUUCUCUCUAACGUUGGCAACUUGUCUCAAAAUGCUAGUUUUAUUUUAAUACACCAAAUGUGUUAUUUUUAUAAUGUAAAAGUGAAGCGAGUUUGUGUUUUGAUGUUCACAUACGGGCUUAUAACAUUCUUGAUACAGGAAAAAUAUUUAGGGAAUUAUAAUGUUACAAUUAUGAAAUUAUCAAGAUGUCUUUUCAAUGUUAAAUGUAGAGGAGAAAUGUAAUGUAAUUUUAGUUUUUCAAUAGUUGUAUGUAAUUUUUGUCCCUAUUUUAGUGAAGUUAACGAUAUGGCAGCAGAAAACGUUGUCCCUUAAUGAGUAAAAUCAAAUUGAAAAUAUUGAAAUUCUGUUCGUGUUGGCUAAGAAAUACACAGUUAUGUUUAAAAUACUUAACUUAUUGAGAAUGAAAAUACUAUUUUAGUCAAUUUGUUAUUUUAACUAAUUAGAGAGCUGAUUUUAUCACAACUGUUCUACUUAUAGGAAUGUUACUUUUACUGAAUAUUUUUUGUGUAUAAUUUUGAUAACUGAAUUUAAAUCUCACUGCAUUCGAAAAUCGUUUUCGAAAUGUAACCAAACAUGUUGCCGUUAGGGCACUUGAAGGUAUGUUAUGUAAAUAAAUAAAAAGAUACAUUAGCUUAGAAAAAAAUCACAGACAGGACAACAAAAAAUGGAAGACUGCAGUUUGGUGGUGAAUAAUUAGUAAUUUGGCCACUGCACGUUGGUCGGCCGGAAUGUAUACAUGCAAAGUAUGAUGUACAUUGAACUUUAAAUUUCUAUUCGUGCCGACGGAACUUGAGUGUAGGAUUUCACAUUGAAAUGACAAAUUUGUCUUUUAUAUAUGUAACUUUAGAUACGAAACUACGCACAAAUUAUUGAAUGGUAUGCGAUUUUAGACAAUUCUCAAUCUGUAUGCUAAUGAUGUAAAAUGUUUUUUUUUAUUAUUUUAUUAAUUAAAAUAAAGUUUAUUAAUGAAA